CGCCGGGUGUGCAAGAGCAUCUGGGAACGCUGGGCGGGAGGGGACUGAGAAGACCUAGCCUAGGUUCUGUGGAUUUGGACCUCCGCAUUUCUAACCCAAGAUCUCGAAAUGCAUCGUGAUUCCUGUCCAUUGGACUGUAAAGUUUAUGUAGGUAAUCUUGGAAACAAUGGUAACAAGACUGAAUUGGAACGAGCUUUUGGCUAUUAUGGACCACUCCGAAGUGUGUGGGUUGCUAGAAACCCUCCCGGCUUUGCUUUUGUUGAAUUUGAAGAUCCCCGAGAUGCAGCUGAUGCUGUUCGAGAGCUAGAUGGGAGAACACUGUGUGGCUGCCGAGUAAGAGUGGAACUAUCGAAUGGUGAAAAGAGAAGUCGUAAUCGUGGCCCACCUCCUUGGGGUCGUUGCCCUCAAGAUGAUUAUCGGAGGAGGAGUCCUCCACCUCGACGCAGAUCUUCAAGACAGAGAAGCUUCUCCCGCAGCCGGAGCAGGUCCCUUUCUAGAGAUAGGAAAAGAGAGAGGUCACUGUCCCAGGAGAGAAAUCACAAGCCGUCCCGAUCUUUCUCUAGGUCUCGUAGCCGAUCUAGAUCAAAUGAAAGGAAAUAGAAGACAAGUUUGCAA